GUCCCUUUUUCUGCCCCUCACCUUUCUCCGCGUAGACUGUUUCCGGGGAGCGUAAAGUUAAGCGACCCCGCUGUCUGCCUCUCGCACGAUUUGCAUCCCCAGCUUCUUUUAAACCUCUUUCCCCCUCUGUUUCUAAUCGGAUCCUGCACAUGUCCGCCCCCCGUUAAGCUAGGUUGCAAAACUGCCGUACCCUGCAACUCCUGAAACUUCCCUGCUUGCUGCAGUUUAUAUUAUAUUGUAAUAUACUGACAAAAAGGACAACAAAAACACACUUGAUCCUCCUGUGGGAUGCCUUUUUUUUAAAGAAUGCAUUUCCUUCUUCCCCUUUAAUUUUUUUUCUUUUUUUUUUUUUUUUUUGGCAAGGAAAUUUGCUCCAUCUCCAGCAGCAACCACUGCUCCUUUUGAUGUUGUGGUACGCCGUGCGCAUGCGCUUCACAUUAGAAUUACUGCACUGGCCAGAAUAAGUUGGAUCUCUUCUCCUCUUCACUGAAACCCUAAAUCAUAUCAAAAGCUAAAGGGAUGUUGAGAGUCCGGAAAAGGGGCUACUUUGGGAUUUGGUCAUUCUUCUUAAUAAUAGCAAUGGUGUGUGCACAGAGUGUCAAUGACCCUAGCAAUAUGUCGCUGGUAAAAGAGACCGUUGAUAGACUGCUGAAAGGCUAUGACAUUCGCCUGAGGCCAGAUUUUGGAGGUCCCCCAGUGGCUGUUGGCAUGAACAUAGACAUUGCCAGCAUAGACAUGGUAUCAGAAGUCAAUAUGGACUAUACUUUGACAAUGUACUUUCAGCAAGCGUGGAGGGAUAAGAGGCUGUCGUAUAAUGUAAUACCUUUAAAUCUUACACUGGACAAUAGAGUAGCUGAUCAGCUUUGGGUUCCUGAUACCUACUUCUUGAAUGACAAGAAAUCAUUUGUACAUGGGGUCACUGUGAAGAACAGAAUGAUUCGUUUGCAUCCAGAUGGAACAGUCCUCUAUGGUCUCAGAAUUACAACAACAGCUGCUUGUAUGAUGGACCUACGAAGAUACCCGCUGGAUGAACAAAACUGCACACUGGAGAUUGAGAGUUAUGGCUAUACAACAGAUGACAUUGAAUUUUACUGGCGUGGGGGUGAUAAUGCAGUCACAGGAGUGACAAAGAUUGAACUGCCACAGUUCUCCAUUGUAGACUUCAGGCUUGUCACCAAGAAUGUUGUGUUCUCUACAGGUGCCUACCCAAGGCUGUCUCUCAGCUUUAAACUUAAGAGAAACAUUGGCUACUUCAUUCUGCAGACGUACAUGCCUUCCAUUCUGAUCACUAUCCUCUCCUGGGUUUCAUUCUGGAUUAAUUAUGAUGCUUCAGCUGCAAGAGUUGCUUUAGGAAUCACAACUGUGCUCACUAUGACAACCAUCAAUACCCAUCUUCGAGAGACUCUUCCCAAAAUUCCCUAUGUAAAAGCCAUUGACAUGUAUCUGAUGGGAUGCUUUGUUUUCGUUUUUAUGGCCCUGCUGGAAUAUGCAUUGGUCAACUACAUCUUCUUUGGCAGGGGACCCCAACGUCAAAAGAAAGCAGCAGAAAAAGCUGCCAGUGCCAACAAUGAGAAGUUGCGAAUGGAUGUCAAUAAGAUGGAUCCACAUGAAAACAUUUUGUUGAGCACACUUGAAAUUAAAAAUGAGAUGGCUGCCUCUGAGGCUGUUAUGGGGCUUGGGGACCCUAGAAGCACUAUGCUGGCCUACGAUACUUCAAGCAUCCAGUACCGGAAAGCUGGCUUGCCCAGACACAGCUUUGGACGCAAUGCCCUGGAGCGACAUGUGGCACAAAAGAAAAGUAGGCUACGGAGACGUGCCUCUCAACUGAAAAUUAACAUCCCUGACUUGACUGAUGUAAAUGCCAUAGAUCGAUGGUCACGCAUAUUCUUCCCUGUUGUUUUUUCCUUCUUCAAUAUUGUCUAUUGGCUUUACUAUGUGAACUAAAAAACAAAGCCACACAGAAAGCAAGAACUGGAUUUCUCUCCAAAUUGGUUGUACAGCCAAAAGUGGGACUUAGAAAAAUUCUAUUCAGGACAAAAGUUACUUUAAAACACCUUAGUUGCUGGCCCACUCUACGGUCUGUUUUAUAACGUUUCAGUUGCUUCUGCUAAGUCACAAACACAUUCUUAGUUACAGUAGAAACAUGUUCCCCCUUUUAAAAAUGUGGGUGUAUAUGAAGAGUGAAAGCAAAAUUCCAUUCAAUCAUUUUUUUUCAACACUCAUAUAUAUGAGUUUAAAAACUUAAACUAUAAAAAAAAGGAAAUUUGGGAGACAGGUUUGAGUUUUAACAGCAGAAUGUGUCAUUUCUUUGUGAAAUUGCACAUCGAGUACAUAUGCAUCUAUACUUGAUUAAAGAGUGUACUAAGAUGCUGUCAUGCUUAUGAAACAUAUACACUUAACUUCUAAAUGUGUAAACUUAAAAACAAGUAGUGCCUAUCAUCUCACCUUCAUGAUGAUGAUGGUCAAAGAUUUCUGAGCAGUAGUCAGGUAAUUGCUAAUUUUUAUUGAAAGACUAAAUCUUUGACUGAUAUUAUGAGCGGGUUAGGAUUUUGCACAGAAACUUAAGCAAGUAAUACUAGUUUUGUUUUGGAUUUUAAAGAGUUGGCAUAAGGUCAUAGUCACAAUUCAUUGCACUUUUGAUAUGUGGGGGAAUGUGGAAAUCAGAUUUAGAGAUGGACCAACCUAUCAUGACCUAAAUGGUGGACAUGUUGAUGUGCUCAGUUCCUGGGAGAUGGAAUCAUUUGUCCAAAGUGCCAAAUGUUGGUUGGCCAAAUAGUAACUUUACAGACGGCUAAUGGAAACCAUUGGUGCCCUGCUCUUUUAGAAUAGAAAAGGGGAGACAAGUGGCAACCAUUCAAGAAUGCAGCCCCAAAGAAAAGGAAGGCUAGAAUCAUAUUGUACAAAUGAAUGUUGUCAGUCAUAGUCCCUGUAUUAGUCCAAAAGAUUCAUAUGGAAUUUAGUGGUUUUUUUCAGGUUUGUAGGCUUCCGUGCUUUACACCUGAGAAUGCUUUUAUAUUCAGAAUCUAACAUCCAAUUUAAAAAGUUAUUGAGAGAGCAGACGGUUACAGGAAUUAAUAUGUUAGCUGUUUGAAGAAUUCAGAUUUCAGAAAGUUUCCAGUUUUGUAACUUCAAUAGAAAAUUUACAGAUAGGAUAUUUUCUCCAGCUGGAUUAGACCAUGCCAUGCAUUGUUUGUUUGUUUUUUUUAAUUUAAUAAGAUAUUAUAAAGGGAACAAUUUGGUAGGGAUGCCUUUAACAGAUUAACUAAGCUUUUCAGUGUUUCCUGCUUUAGAAGGUCUAAUGGCUUCCUUUAAAAACUGGCAAAAUUCAAUUUUGCCAUAAAAAUGUGGGAGAUUUUUAUUUUAAAAAAAAUAGUAUCCUCUUGUUUUUCCUUCCAUGUAAUUUUAUUUUUUUAUAGCAGAACUAUUCCUAAAGGGUCAGGCAAGUUAGAAAAUGUGCUCAUUUAAUGAAAAACAAAAAUUGACAACUGUGGUAAGAAAAAUCACUAACUUCUAAUGACUUCUACAGAACUAUUCACUCUGCUGUUCAACGAAAAAUAGUUAUGAUAGCAGUAGACACAUCCUGUUGUAACUAUGCUACCUCUCAGCUAUAUACAGAUUUCUUAAAGAACCACAAAUUCCAGCAUGCUCUGAAUAGUAGUAUUUCUGAUAUAGCAGAGGAAAAUUUACAGCUAUGUUUUCCAUAUUUAAGGAUUCAAUUGCCAGUCCUUUUAAGAAUGAUUCCUUAACAUUUUUCAUAAAAAGCAGAUUUUUUUUUCUCUCCUUUAAAAAAGUAGUAGUAGCUCAUGGAAAUUUCUGUGGAGAAGGGUUAGGAGAGACAAAUGAUUAGAGGAAAACUGCUUUGAGGAUUAAUAGGCCAAGUUUACACCAUUAUUUUUUACUUUUAUUCCAUAUUACCAUGGGUUUCUGCUUCAGAAAGAGAGAAAAAAUAGCUUUGAAUGUUAUUGGGAAAGAACCUGAAAAUUAGAUGCACUGAGUACCCACAACUCUCUUUUUUAGGCGAAUGGUGGGUACUCAGUACUGCCUCUUUGGUCAAACCCUGAACUGCAUUAGAUUCAAGCUUUUGACCAUGUGAUUAGCCUUUUCAUGGCUUUCACACAUGAGUUCUCAGUGCAUUUCACAAACCAGAACAAUGUGCUUUUGUAGCUGCAUUUGAAGUUUGAACUUCUAUGAAUCAUGCAUGCAAACUCAUCUUAACUUCUCGGGAAAGGAUCCACACCACAAAUUGGUAACAGUCUUAGAAGUCUAUUUUUAUAUAUGGCACCCUUUGUGAUAACCCAAUGCUGUCUUAUACUCACAGUUUUCAUUCAAUGCACUAAGAGCCUUUAACACUUGUGUUUCACAGAAGCAUAGUUUAAAUACAGGGAGCACAGUGUACACAAAUGGUAGAUAUGCCUCAAAUAUAAAACCUAAUAGAGAGUAUGUUUACUCUCUGCACUGGUUUAGCAAGUCAGCUGUAGUCAAAACCAUGGAGAUAAGAUCCUAGUAUUGCAUAUUAAUUUAUCUGAAGAUAUAGUACAAGCCAUAAUACUCUCUAAUGUUGCUAUUUGUCAGGUAAGAGAAAAUGUCUGGUUUCUGCUCAAGUGUCACUGGGAAGGAUGUAUCAAUAGGAGGAAGGAGCACUUUAAUUUCCUUUUGGCUACUAAUGUCAUGUACAAAAACUUUUGGAAAACCCUUCCAAAUAUGGAUUGGUAUAAUUUUGUACUAAAGCUAAACACUGUGAUAUGAAUAGGGUGGGUAGUGGGGGUAGUGUAGGGGAGGAGAACUGACAAGACCCUGGCAUGGAAGAACCAGAACCAAGGGAGUGUGAGUCAUUACCUCCUCUUCUUGGGACAUGUGUGACAAAAGUGAUAAAUUACGCCAGCAUACAACAGCUGUGCUUUUUAUCAUGUGUACUACCCUCUGAGUAAAUUAGACCAACCAGACUAGCUUUUACCUUAGAAUUUACCUAAAAAGAAUACUCCAAACCCUUCCACUCCUGUUCACUGUUGUUAGAUCCACUAACUAAAAUAUUAAAGUUACAAUUUAGAUAAUGUUUGUAAUAUAAUUAGAAAUACACAUGUUGUUAUUUCAUUAUGCAGAACAGCCAGCAAUUAAGGUGUUUUUCAUCUUUGUGAAAUUCAUGGGAAAAUUAUGACUAUAAUAUGGCACAGUUUUAAUUAAUGAUAUAUUUGAGAUCAAUAUGUAAAUAUAAACUGUAUAUGACUGCUAGUAAGUAUAAUAUGCAUUUUCAGAACUGAAAACUCAUGCAACAUAUUUCUGUGUUUGCAUAAGGAAUGUUACGUUUCUAUCCUAUUGCGGUUUAAUGACUGGGAAGAAAGACUCAAGCAAUGUCAUUCUGAAUAUUUCCUUUAUCGUUCCCGGGGGUGGGAGGGAGAACCAGAGUCUUAAAUAAUAUGUUACAGAAUACUUCAGAGAGUUUUUAGACUCUAAUACAAAGGACAUAAAAUCUGUCAGGUACAAAAGCACAAUGCAUAGAGAAAGUGAGGGGGGUGGUCUUAUACCGAGGGAACAAACCCUGUUCAUUUUAGGCAAAGUGUGCGUUAAAAUUAAAGGUCAAAUAACUUUUACUAUAAAUAUAAACCAUGUUCCAAUUCCAUAAUUAACACGCUACUUAACAUAAGAGAAGUAAACAAAUGUUAAACAUUAUCCAAGUGUAUGUGUAUAUAGACAAAUAUAUUUAUAUAUAUCUAUAUAUGCAUAUGUGUUUAUAUACACAUUAUAUAAGUACACAUAUUCAUAUGUUGGUGUGUUAAAGGAAUAAGCUAAUAACAGUUUUGUUUCUAUCAUCACCCAGAGUAUGAAUAAUUUUUUGAGAAAGCAAAUUAAUGUAUUAAAAAAAUCUUACUAUACAGGGUAACUGGGCAUUUCUAUAUCAGCAGAUCAAUGCAUAUAAUUCUUAUGAAGCAUUGCACAGUUUGACAUUUAUGAUAGUACUGUACCUCCUUGCAUCUGAAAUUAGACUACUCCUCACAUUGCUUGCCUAUUUCUUCUCCUUUUUUUUAGUAACAACACUGUCCACUAGUAACUUUUCAAUAACAAAGUCCUAUUGAUACCAAGAAAAAAAGAAAAAAUAUUAAUAUUUAUAGAAAAAUAACUUAGGGCGGGGGAUGUCCAGGGUACAAUAUUAUAAUAGUAGUGAUCAUAACAUUUUGCUAUGUGUACAUAGAACAUAUAAUGUGAGCAACCAUGAUUUAAGCUGAACUUGUGUAAAUAUUAUCAGAUUUCUUAAACAUUUUUAACUUCUAAUUUGUACUUUAUGGUAAGGCAAAAAGCUGAUUCUAUUUAUGGUUUAGGUUAAUGUGUCCUAAAAUUAUGUAAAUAACUAAAUAAGCUGUAAAUGAGCAGUCAAUAGAUACGGUAAUUGUUUAGUGACUUUUUUUUACUAAGUACAAUAAUUGCAGUGCUCUAGCAGAGUAAUUUAAACACCCUUUUGCAUAAACAGAUUUGGAUUUGAGAUAAGAGUUUUAAUACAAAAAUUCAAGGAAAGUACUGUAGUGUAAAAUUGUCAUUGCAACAAUGUUACUGCUUGCAUAACAGGUUAUUUUUGUAUGGUUAAAAAAUUAAAGCAACAGAAGAUUGUAGUUCAGCGCUCAGUACUCAGAUCAACAUUAAGAUGGUAGGACCUGAUUCUCAUUUACAGUGAGACCCUUUUACACCACUUUGGCCUGUUAAGUAAAGGGAUAUUAGUGUAAAGGAGAAUUCAGUCCGUAAUGAUUUCGCUACAGAAAGCCUGUCUGCUGCAUCUGUUCCUGAAAUCUGUCUCUCUUAUGAUAUAUAUUAGUAGACUUUAAAAUAAAAACAUGUUUGACCGUCAUUAGAUAGCGUAGUUCCCCAAAGCCAAAGAAUCUUCACUUCAGAAAUUGUUUAAAAAGGGAAAACUAAUAAGUCACUGCUUAACACCAAAGGUAAAGUUUAACAAAAUGCACUAGGAACUUUGUCAAAAUUUUUAAGGAGCAAAUGGAAUGUUAAUCAAAACCACUGCCCUAUUCUACUUUGUAAAAAUAACAACAUUUUAAAUAUCCAUUAAUUAAUUCUAAUUGAAAUAGAUCAUCUCUGCAAGAAUAUGCAAGACACACAUUUAUAUGUAUCAAAUUAUUUAUUUAUUUUUAGUAAAUGCUUUGACAGUGAAUAUGAAAUGUUGGAAAUCUUAGCUAUACUGUCAUACUAUUUUUUUUAAUGUUUCUCUCAGUCAUGAGGUCAUCUAUUCCAAUUUGAUAAACAUUUUGUAUGUUUGCACUGUUACUGCCAUGUGACAAAUAUUCGCCAGGCUUUAUUGUUUAUGGUCCAUCGUAUGGAUUGAGUUAAAGAUCAUGUGGACAUUUGAAACAUAAGUAAUUCUAACAAGCUGACUAUGAUUUGACUUCCUUCACAUUUUUAUUUGCAUGGGUGUUUAAAUGGUUCUGUUAGUACUGUCUUUGCACAGUUCUGAUUUAUCUCUUUUUUACUUAGUACUAUUUACUUCAUAAUGUAGUAAUCAUCAGCCUUACUAAUGACCUUGUAGCCUUUCUUAUAUGCACAUAAUGCACAUUUUCCAAUGGCUAGAAAACGCAAAAUACUAGUGGAUAUCAUUGCAUCAGAUCUUCAUGUCUUUCUCAAAAGGACUGCUAACCUCUGGGAUAAAUGAGGUAGUAAAAUGAUGAUUGUAAAUGAGUAGCACAUAAGAGAUAUUUUCUUGAAUUUAAACUUAUUGCAGCCAGUUUCAGCAUGUAAAUAUAUAAUAAUAAUGUUGGCUAGUGUGUAAUUCUUGAACUAAAAAAAAUAAAGAAAACCUAACAGAAUGUACAUGUAGUUGUGUAAUGUUCGGAAGGCAUGUUACUCACACCAGAGAUAUUUAGAG